CCGUUCUCCAGACAGAAUUCCUGCUACUCGAAGCUGCUGUUGCUCGUGGCAAGCAGGCUGUGGUCGACAGCAGAGAGAGAAACGUCUCGCCUUUCUGAGUGACUCGCAUACGGAUUUUUCCACUGUCCUUGUUCUUGUAAUGCUACGAUUCGUUGUAUUUUUUUCUUAUGACUACAUUGAUCAGCGCUCAGUGUAACGUGAUUGGAAAUCUCCUGGGAAUGCUGUGGACUCUUUCGGUAUGGAUUGAGUUUUGUUUCCCCCCAAACCUCGGAGCAGUUUGAAAGGAUCCAAUAAGUAUUUUGUUUGAGUGUUUGACCACCUACACGGAGACCGGGCGAGCCAAACGUUACCUAACUUGAUGUUCCGUUUGGUCUGUACGGGAGAAAAACUGGUCCCAAAUGUCUUCGUGCAUUGCAAAGGUUAUACUCGACAAAUUCAUGCGGGUUAUCUAGGAAAGGGUGUGUGUUAGGGACUUGAGCGACUACGGAUUUUCUUCGAGGGAUAUUCUGCGAAGAUUGGCUUUUUAAAAAGUGAUGGCCGAGCUGGGAGCAGAAUUACUGCUCUCUCUCAUCUGUCUCACCUUUCUACGCCCGCUCACAAUGGCUGUACAUACCGACAAAGAAGAGUCAGCAGUACCUCAGUUUGUCCCGUUCGGGUUCUCGGUGGAGCCGGAGGAUGCGCUAGUGGUGCGAGGCGGGCCGGCGCUGCUCAACUGCCUGGUGGCGAGCCCCGAGGCCUUCCGCGUGGAGUGGAAGAAGGACGGCAGCUACCUGACGCUGCAGGCGGACGAGAGGCGGCGCCUGCUGGACAACGGCUCGCUGCUCAUCUCCUCCGUGGUGCACUCCAAACACAACAAGCCCGACGAGGGCGUCUACCAGUGCACGGCCUCCAUACAGAACCUGGGCACCAUCAGCAGCAAGACGGCGCGGCUAAGUGUAGCGGGUGUGCCAAGGUUCUCUAGUCAACCUGAGGCCGGCCUGGUAAGGCACGGUGACAGCCACGUGUUCCUGUGUGACAUCAUCCAGGACCUGGUGGGCUUCUCGCGGUGGGAGCUGAACAAGCAGCCCCUGGCGCUGGACCACAGGCUGCUACAGCUGCCCAGCGGUGCCCUGGUGGUCAGCAACGCCUCGGACGCGGACGCCGGGUCGUAUCGCUGCGUGGUGGAAACGGGAGGCGUGGUGAAGAGCAGCGAUGAAGUGGAGCUGAAAGUCAUCGCUGAAACAGGAGAAUCGAGGAAGUUGGAGUAUCUGACCACCCCCUCUGCGAUAACCAGCGUGGUAGGGGAGAGCGUUCUUCUGCCCUGCGUGGUAACAGGUUCCCCUGCUCCCUAUGUUCGGUGGAUGCUCAAUGACCAACUCAUUGACGAGAGUGACGGUCAUUUUGAAAUGCUUGCUGGAGGAAGUCUACGGAUCGUCAACUUAACUGUGGAGGAUUCUGGAACGUUCAGCUGCCUUGCAGACAACAUGAACGACUCCUUAGAGGCCAAGGCCGAACUUAAUAUUCAAGUUCCUCCACAGUUUCUGAAAAAGCCAGUGAACACCUAUGCCCAUGAGUCUAUGGAUAUCAUCUUCGAGUGUGAAGUCACCGGCUCGCCAGCACCGACUGUAAGAUGGGUCAAGAACGGAGAUACAGUCAUUCCCAGUGACUACUUCAAGAUAAUUGAGGAGCACAACCUGCAGGUGCUGGGCUUGGUGAAGACUGAUGAGGGUUACUACCAGUGUAUGGCCGAGAACGAUGCCGGGAACGUACAGGCCAGUGCACAGCUCAUUAUUCUCAAACAUGAUGUGUCCCUGCCCUCCCCCACAUCCCCACCACUGACCAGUGCCACUACUGAACAUGUAACACCAGGCUCUGGGGGUGCUGGUGCGGUCGGCCCCACACCCUCCGCCCCGCGAGACGUCGUGGCCUCGCUGGUCUCCACGCGCUUCAUCAAGCUGACCUGGAGGCAGCCGGCCGAGACGCACGGAGACGACGUCACCUACUCCGUCUACUACAGCCUGGAGGGGACCAACAGGGAACGCAUAGUGAACACCAGUCAGCCGGGAGAGAUGCAGGUCACCAUCCAGAAUCUGGUGCCUGAGUCCAAGUACACCUUCAGGGUGGUCGCACACAACGGCAACGGUGUGGGCGAGAGCUCCAGCGCGGUGACUGUUGCUACGCAGCCUGAAGUUCAGGUUCCGGGUCCAGCUCCCAACCUCCAGGCCACGGCCACCUCACCUACCUCAAUCGCUGUGAGCUGGGAGACGCCUGUGACGGGCAACGGGGAGAUCCAGAACUACAAGAUCAUCUACACCGCCAAGGGCCAGGACGGGGAACAGGAAAUUGAUGUGCGAGGUCUGACGUACACCUUCACCGGUCUAAAGAAGUUUACAGAGUACAGUUUCCGAAUUGUGGCUUACAACAAGCACGGCCCAGGAGUGUCCACGGAUGACGUCACAGCCCAGACCUUCUCUGCUGUACCCAGUGCCCCACCACAGAACGUGACCGUAGAGAUUCUGAACUCUAAGAGCAUGAUGGUACGAUGGCAACCUCCGCCAGCGGAUGAGCAGAACGGGGAGAUCACUUCCUAUAAAAUCCGCUACCGCAAAGGGGCCCGCAAGAGUGAGGCCUCAGACAUAGUGCCCGGGACACAGCUACACACACUCCUAGACAAUUUGCAGCGUGGGACUGAGUAUUCAGUUCGAGUUACUGCCAUGACAUUGAAUGGGUCAGGCCCGGCCUCCGAUUGGAUUACAUCAGAGACCUUUGAGAGCGACCUUGACGAGUCAAGAGUGCCAGAUAUUCCAAGCUCCUUGCAUGUGCGGCCAUUGGUGAACAGCAUCGUGGUGAGCUGGACGCCCCCUGAGAACCAGGACAUCGUGGUCAGGGGCUACAUCAUUGGCUAUGGCAUCGGCAGCCCGCACGCCCAGUUCAUAAAAGUCGACUACAAACAGCGCUACUACAGCAUUGAGAACCUGGAACCCAGCUCCCACUACGUCAUCUCUCUGAAGGCCUUCAACAACGUCGGGGAGGGCAUCCCUGUCUACGAAAGCGCCAUCACCAGGCCACAGUCAGACCCCAUAGACCCUGAUGUUGAUUUGUAUGAAUUGUUUCAUGCUCCGUACACUCCAGUCCCAGAGACUACCCCCAUGCUCCCCCCUGUGGGCGUGCAGGCCUCUGUGCUCAGCCACGACACCAUCAAGGUGACAUGGGCCGACAACUCGCUGCCCAAGAACCAGAAGAUCACCGACGCACGCUACUACACUGUGCGCUGGAAGACCAACAUACCGGCUAACACCAAGUUUAAGGUGGCCAACACGACUACUUUGACCCACAUGGUGACUGGACUGAAGCCCAAUACGCUGUACGAGUUCUCGGUCAUGGUGACCAAAGGCCGGAGGAGCAGCACGUGGAGUAUGACUGCACACGGCACAACGUUUGAAACCAUCCCCAGCUCUUCGCCUAAAGAUGUGACCGUAGUCAGCAAAGAGGGACGGCCGAGGACCAUCAUUGUCAACUGGCAACCUCCUUCUGAAGCCAAUGGAAAAAUCACAGGCUACAUCAUCUACUACAGCACGGAUGUCAAUGCUGAGGUGCACAACUGGGUCAUCGACCCCAUCUUAGGCAACCGGCUAACCCACCAGAUCCAGGACCUCACAUUGGACACCACCUAUUACUUCAAGCUCCAGGCCCGCAACUCCAAGGGCAUGGGCCCCAUGUCUGAGGCCGUACAGUUCCGCACACCCAAAGCUGAGUCCUCAGACAAAAUGCCUAAUGACCAAGCAUCCAGUAUCCCCAAGCCCAAUGGAAGACCAUCAGGGAAUGUUGACAAUGCAGUUGGCAUCACGGCCAAUGAGAACUACAUCCUGAUCAUCGUCAUCGUGGUGCUGGUGGGGGCCUUCAUCAUCAUCUCGGUGGUGGUCGGGGCCUUCCUCUGCACUCGACGCACCACCUCCCAGCAGAAGAAGAAACGGGCAGCCUGCAAGUCCACCAACGGCUCUCACAAGUACAAGGUCAACUCCAAGGACCUGAAGCCACCGGACCUCUGGAUCCACCACGAGCGGCUGGAGCUGAAGCCCAUGGACAAGUCUCCCGACCCCAACCCCGUCAUGACGGACACGCCCAUCCCACGCACCUCGCAGGACAUCACGCCUGUCGACAGCACCCUGGACAGCUCCGUGCAUAAGAGGCGCGAUUCUGGCCACGAGUCAGAAGAGAGCAUGUCCACUCUGGCGGGCCGGCGGGGGAUGAGGCCCAAGAUCAUGAUGCCCUUUGAUACUCAGCCACCCCAGCCCGUGAUCAGUGCUCACCCCAUCCAUUCCCUCGAUAACCAUUACCACCACCAUUAUCACCUGGGCAGCCUGGCCUCCCCCUCUCCCUCUCACGGCCACCUGCAUCACCAAAACAGUCCGCGCUCCAUCGUCACCCCCAUGUCCCACCUAGACUCGGCCGACUCCACAGAGUCGGUGAGCCGCAACGUCCCCAGUUCGGACAUGAUGUCCACCUCGUCCACGCAGCACGUCUACUCGGUGGAGCCCUCCGAGACGGAAAUCAGCUACCUGAGUUCAGGCACAGGUGAAGAGGACACCAACACAUACCCACCCACUGCCCAUGUCCGACCGACACACCCCCUCAAGAGCUUUGCCGUGCCCACCAUAACCCCCCAUAACCCCAGCUUUGAAUCACCAGCCUUGCCCAGCACCCCUCUGCUCGCUCAAACAGGAGGGCCUCACUCGAGUAAGACGGCCUCCAUCGGUACUCUGGGCAGAGUCCGGGCCCCCAUGGUUGUUAAUGUGCCGAGUGCUCCUGACGCGCAGGAGACCGCCAGGAUGCUGGAGGAUUCAGAACCUAGCUACAAGGCAGACGUGCUGACAGAAGAGAUGGCACACCUGGAGGGAUUGAUGAAAGACCUAAACGCCAUUACAACCACCUGAGCAUCAGCCCCCCUUUCCCCUCUGACACACACACACACACACACACACACACACACACACACACACACACACACACACACACACACACACACACACACACACACACACACACACACACACACACACACACACACACACACACACCAGACAAACAAAAUAGGAAGACCUCUCUCAAAUGUACUUGAGAACAUUAUAAACAGAAAAAAACUCAAUGAUCUGGCUAACCCUGCUUAGUCUCAGGAAGGAGAUGGCCGAGAUAUCAACAGUUUGCUUUUUUAUUUUUAAACGAAUGGGGGAAGGUGCCAACAUUCUCAGAGGACAAAAAAAAAAUAUCACUACGACGUACAAGCUCGAAGAUUUCAAUACGUUUUUAUCCUGCACAAGAAGCUUUUUUUUUCUUCCUCAGUUCAGUUGUCAUGGAGUCAACUGUAAAAGACAGUUUUAUCAUCCUAGAAGAAAAAUUGAGAAUGACAGCAAUUUUAUGUUUCAUGUUGGUGCUUUGAACAUUCAAGUGAGCAAGUGUUUUUUUCCUUGCAGUUUCAUAUGUAUAUUGCUCAUACCCUUCAUGUUUAUGUCCCAUAGACAUGCUAUCAUCGUUUUUUUUGUAUGCAGCAUUUUGUUUAAUGUCUCGUUUUUGGUAUGUCAUAUAUUGUGCCAUGUCUUAGUUAUUUCCUGAAAUGUUGUAUAUUAUGGUAUACACAUACCUAUAGAUUGUAUAUAAGUUAAACCGCCUUAUUUUUACUGUUACUAUUACUUUAAAAAGCAUUGUUUAUGAGUGAAUAUUCACACUCCAGUCGGUUCCAUUUUGGGAUGUGCUCUUCGGCCAAUGUUUGUUUUUCGACACCUUUACCACCGCGAUGCACGUUUUCUGUGUGACUCUUUUUCGAGGAUGGCCUUAUUUUUCUUGUACUUAAAAAGCGUUUUUUGUAUGAAGUUGUCAUAGAACAUAUGAUGUUUCAUAUUGAGGUACUACACAAUACUGUGACUCCUGAUGAUGGUAAUUUAGCCCUCAGUACCUACAAUACCGUCUCUUUUUUUUGUCAAUCAUACUAGAGCCCCCACCCUUAAAAGGUGUGGCGGGUCUUGACUGAAUCAUACCCCUCCUCUUGACCAACUGACAGGUACACAUGGAGGCUGUGUACUCAGAAUUAACCUUUGACCUUAUUUUGCCUGACCCAUGUAAAUGUAGUUGGAAAAGCAGCAAUGUAGAGAUUUGAUUUUUGAUGUUGAUUUUUUUUUUAACAGCUGAAAAGUAUUGUGCACUGUCUAAGAUUCUGCCCCGACUCACUACCCCACUAUCAAAAUGAAGUUAUCUUAGUCUGUCAGUGCACUUACCGAGCAAACGGAUAUCAUCAAAAAAGCGUGGAUAAUAUCUGUCUUUUGAACAAGAGUACUAAUUCAGCUUUUUUAAACAUGCCAAUUUAUAUGAAGAAAAAAACUAUGUUCUUGUAUUUAAAAAAAUAACUUUGUGUGAAUGGGAGAAAAGAUUAUGUUCCCUUGGGACAGUUGGUUUUUACAUAACCUGUUACCCAAAGAAGAAAUAUCAUCACAAUCAUUAUUUGUUCUACUUUUUCCAUGUCUCAUGUACAACUGAACUGAAUGUCAAGGUGAUUGUAAGAAGUUGGGUUUCAAGGAACAUAUUGAUGUCCAGGCAGAGAGGUUGUUUGCGGGAUGUGUCAAAAAGGAAAAAAAAAAACAUUUGGUAGCCCAUUGAGUUGUAGAUGGUCAUACUCUUAUUGCACUUUUUUCAGAUUUUUUCAAAAAAUGAAACCAUUUCUUACAUAUCCUGUUUGCAAUGAAUCCGCUCUAUUUGUGUAAUGUUAGUGUCCUAGGUUAGAAAUUGGCAGCUGGUGUUGUUUCUUUGUAUAUUUGCCUCUGAAAUGGAAUUUAGCAACAUCUUGGCAUGUUGCACACGAGGAACGCUUACUUCUGUACAAAGUCUCCUUUUGCUGUCUGUAGAAAUGUACUGUGGGAUUUUUAAGCACAGAAAAAAAUCUGAAAACAGUACAAAGUAGUUUGUUUGUUUGGUCUUGCAAAAAAACAUCCAUUGACACAAUGGUCAUCAUAAGCCAUCAUAAAGUCAACUUAUGUGUAAAUAACAUUUUGGUCCAUAUAACAAGUUUGUAUUCUGAAGGGUCAGUCUCCAUGUUGUGACAAAAAGAAAAGAAAAAAAAUAAGAAAACAAACUUUUCAGAGGCUGUCCUUUGUUUUUUGUCGGCUGUAACUUUCAAUGCUAAGAGUCCUAUUCCAUAAUACAUAUUCAUGAUUUCA